AUGAGUGUCUUAUGUACACAUGUGAUCAAGCGCAUGAAUUUUUUCAUGCGGGUUCAGAAACUCCAACAUUUGGUCAGGACAGCAAGAAAUUGUUGGAGGCAAGCAGAUGAAUUCGUCCAUACUUUGAGCCUUGUUUAUUGGAAAGGAAAAAAUUUAUCGAAACGGCCAAGAAAAUUGCGUCGAAACACAACUAUGGUUGGAUUUCACGAGAUUCGGAUUGUUUGUGGACUGAUCAACUUCGUUCGUGCAGUCAAGCAGCGAAAAUCUUGA